CUCUGACUGAAGCGACGACGGCGGCGUCUGACUAGCCGAGCUGUUAAGAAGAUUGAGAUCGCGGCAACCGACGCGAUUUGUCCAGGGACAGAUUGGGACAGGGAAAACGCGGCCUGGAAGAGGUUUAAUUCAGCCGGGAGUCGGAGGCAAAUGUUAGAACGUUGAAUUGUCUGUGUCCCUUUGAAUAAGGAAGUCCGGCCAAUUUACAGCCCAAAAGACCCCUUUGCUCUCCCUAUCCUCUCCCCGCUCCCGGCGUCGAUAAAAUCCAAUAAGCAAAACAGAUUCGGACAAAAAAAAUCAGAAAAGCCAUGACCAUCAACUUUAAUCUCCUCAAAAUCCAACACCAACUGUUGCAUUUCCGAAUUUCCCAGACUACACUUCCCCGCCCCCUUCCCUCCUUUCACCUCUUUACCAGACUACCCUUCCAGUCAUAUCCACUUUCCUUCCCCAGAACCGCCCAAUGCUUCAAAAUUUCAAGCAUUUCCAAAGUCGAACCGUCGGUUUAUUUCAGCGAAGAUGAAGAGAGGGAAGGACCCGACGAUGGGUCGAUUACGGAAUUUGAAGACUUGGCACCCAACGGUGUCGUUUAUAGGAAGACCCUGAGAUUGGUGGAGUGUUCCAUGUUUGCUGCUGUUACUGGACUUGUAUACUUCCUGAGCAAUUCCCUCGCGAUUGAGAACUACUUUGGGUGCUUCUUUUCGUUGCCGAUCGUGAUCUCCUCCAUGCGAUGGGGUGUUGCAUGUGGGAGAAAGCAGUUGGCUUGUCGCAACGGUUAUGUUAUUGUUUGUCUUGUCUGGUCCUGUAAAAGCCAUAAACUAUCUGCUUACGCAUGGAAUAACCGUUUCACAAUGGGUGCUUUAUGGAGGUCGGGAGCUGAUUGGGAAGUCUCGAUUUCCUUGUGCACACUCGUAGUUUUUUCUCCUUUUCACACAUUCUUUCUCAAUAGAUUCUAUGUAGUUCUUAAUAACACAAACUGCCGUGGUUGAUGUUUUUAAAAUCGCAGGCUCAAGCGAUGGUUUGGUGGGCUAUGUCUUGACAACAUCUUUCUUGAUUAGAGAAAACAUACUGGGUUUGAUCACCAUAAACAUUCAUGCAUCUCUCUCGUACAUCUUUGCCGCGAUCGGCAUCAAUCUGAUUCCAUCAAUGAACUUCAUAUACUCCUUGUUUGGGACUUUGAUACAUUCGACCCGCCUUUAUG